AUGAAAUCCGUUGUAUCCACGACAGCAGUAGCUGUUUUUCCUCUAUUCUCGUCUGUCAUAGCAAGUUCAUGUCCACCUCUUGGAGCUGUACUUCCACCGCCACAGGCUCCUAGCAAUAACGAAGCAGUCAAAUGGGCCAAUCAGAAGCUCAAAUCAAGAAUCGAUUCAAGCUUCAGUUCAAAACUAAACACCAGCGGUAUCUCUAUUAUGGUCAAAUCUAUACAUGAAGACGAACCGCUGUUUAGCUAUCAUUUUACACCACCAGUUCUCUCAGAUAUCGGCACUGCAGCCAUUGAUGAUAAAACGAUUUUCCGGGUGGGAAGUUUGUCGAAGAUAUUUCCUGCAUUAGCAGCUUUACAAUCAACUUCUAUUCAGUUGGAUGAUUCAGUGCUUGAAUAUAUUCCUCAGCUCAAGAAUGUUGUGGCUAGUGAUCCUGCAGAGGCAAUUCGAUGGGAAGAUGUAACGGUCGAUUCUUUGAUGACACAUCUUUCUGGUCUUGCCACUGAUACGGCUAUGGAUAUGGGACUCUUUCCUAUCCAGCUAUGGCAAACAAUUGGGCUACCGGUUAUUCCUCAAGGGACCGGCCCGAAUUGUUCGGGACUUCCCGGCAGUCCACCAUGUACAAAAGGCGAUCUUGUCAAAGAUUUACAGCAAAGAGAGCCAGUAUAUCUACCAUACACUAGCCCCUCUUAUUCUAACGUUGGCUUUGCCAUCCUUGGAAUGGUUAUUGAUGCCGCCACUAAUAAGAGCUAUAUUGACAAUAUCCAAAACGAUAUCUUCGACAUUGUCAAUAUGAACAGCUCUUCAUUCAACGGAUUUGUAGAAUCAUUUUCAGAAAAUGGCUUUGUUCCGGUUGGAGAAACUACAUGGAAUGUUACUUUAGGUGUUUUCGAAAGUGCCGGUGGCAUGUUUUCAAGUACUUCAGAUCUUAUCGCUUUUGCUGAAGGUAUCCUUAGUAAUCGCUUUCUUAGCCCACGCCGAACCCGAGAAUGGAUGAAACCACGCAGUCACACUUCUUCGUGGGGAUAUUCCGUUGGCGCACCCUGGGAGAUUCUUCGGAGUGACCAGCUAGCAGCCGAUGGUCGUAUUGUUGACUUGUAUACCAAGAGUGGCGAUCUGGGCCUUUAUCAUGCUGUUUUUGGACUGAUUCCUGAUUUCGAUAUCUCGGUUGCACUUCUUGUUGCUGGUGCUGAAGUCAGCGAAAACAUGCCAUCUGAAAUUUUCAGUGCCAUUAUCGAAGAGCUUAUUCCAGCGGUAGACAAGGCAGGGCGGACCGAAGCUACCGCACUGGAGGCGCUAAAUGGCACGUAUGCUGAUGAUUCAACAAACUCCACCAUCACGUUGAAUGUCGACACAGAAAAUAAUUUGACGAUGGAGAAAUUUAUCGUUCGGGGUUUCGAUGUGCUUCAUCACCCCGACUUAUAUAGCCUUAACGCCCUCUCAGCAAACCAGAAUUCCAUCGCCAAAGUUUCUUAUGUUAACGCUCUAUUUUAUCCAACAAAUCUCGUCGGUCAAAAUUCAGAUGGCAUGACUCAAAGGUCAUGGCGCGCUGUUUAUGAUACUACCACUGAUGCAGAGGAAUCCGCAGAGGAAGCAAAAUUGGUGUGGAAAAAUGGUAGUUGCCAGUCCUGGCUCGAAUUGGAUCGAGCGGCAUAUGACCUCAAAAGUAUAGAGAAUUUUAUAUUCAGCUAUGGACAAGGAGGCAGGCUAAGUCGGAUUUCGAACGCUGCUUUCAACAUAACAUUGACAAGAGUUGGCUAA